UGCCUUAACCCCCAUUUGGUCCCUAGGGUUUCGCAGUCGCAGGAGCAGGAAGCAGAGCCGUCGCCGAUCUGCGAGAGGAUCACCUCCGAUCACAGCAAUGGCGAGGAUCAAGGUGCACGAGCUGAGGCAGAAAACGAAGGUCGACCUUCUGACCCAGCUGAAGGAACUCAAGGCCGAGCUCGCCCUCCUCCGCGUCGCCAAGGUCACCGGUGGUGCCCCGAACAAGCUCUCCAAGAUAAAGGUGGUGAGGCUGUCGAUUGCACAAGUCUUGACUGUGAUUUCCCAGAAACAAAAGUCUGCUUUGAGGGAGGUUUACAAGAAGAAGAAGUACUUGCCCCUUGAUCUCCGUCCCAAGAAGACCAGAGCUAUUCGGAGAAGGCUUACAAAAUACCAGGUAUCUUUGAAGACAGAGCGUGAGAAAAAGAAAGAGAUGUACUUUCCCCUGAGGAAGUAUGCCAUUAAGGCGUAGUAGGGAUACCGUUCAUGUUGUGUUGGAGCUUCGCCUCUUACGAAUCUUUUGGUUUGUCAAAUUUUCGGGUUAUCUUGAUCCCGCAUCAUAGUUUGGACGACAAGAAAUCUAGCUUCGGCGCCUUAUUUUUUUCCCCCCAUCGAGGACAAUUGUCAUUUUUCUUGAGUAUGAAUUAUAACUAGGUUUGAAUCCUUAACAAGUGAUCUUGAUUUGAGAAGGCGCGCGACAUAUAUGAAUUUAUGUGAUGGUUUUGUCUGUCUUA